AAAAGCCCCAUGUCUCAGUCCUUCUCCAAACGCUGCGUUUCGGUCGAUCUCUGAGUUCAAGCCUUCAAGGCCUCUUCCUUCCAGCUGUUGCGAAGCAUAUAUUGGACUCCUUUGAAACAUGCAAGCUAGUUCAUCAUACACUUUUAUGGUCAAUUUUUAUUAUCGGGCAUAUUUCAACCCUUGCCCUCUCUAACCAAAAUUUCUUGCUCCACCACCGCAUCACUGUGCUUAAGGAGUAGCUUCACAAAGAAAACCACCACACAGCUUCAACUUGCCAUCAUGAGCACCAUUCCAGCCCUGCCACCCUCAGCAGCUCCAAACACAAUCGCUGCGCAUAAAAUGGUACUGUGUUGAGCACUACCAUUCACUUUGUUUCAGGCCUGAGCAACUCUGAUCAUUGUUGCCACUACUUCCCACAAGUCAUCCUCAUUUUUAGGAAUGAGCCGGUCACAAGGAUCAUCACUUAAAAGGAAACGGCCAGACACAAACGCAGCCUCUCAACCUCUGUUAGAUGCUGAGCGCGUUCUUUAUGAUCUGAUACGAAGUAAAGAAGACAUGGGAAUCUGGACGCGAGACAUGAAACGAGAAACAAACCUCCCUGACAAUGUGGUCACUAAGUCCCUCAAGGCACUCCAAGUCAAGAAAUUAAUAAAAGAGGUAGUGAACAUCCAAAGCAAGGGGAGAAAACACUACAUGGCGGUAGAGUUUGAACCAUCAAAAGAACUUACUGGUGGUGCAUGGUAUGUGGAGGGGAACCUUGAUACAGAAUACAUAAAGAUUCUUAAAGAGACAUGCGUAAAGGUCUUAUCUAAGCUGAAGGUUGCUACAGUAGAGGGAAUUUCAGAGUCAAUAAAUAAGACAGGUCUCUGUGCUACUGAAUGCUCUACCCAACAAAUUGCAGAGAUAUUGAGGGCUUUGGUAUUGGACAAUGAGAUUAUGGAAGUGAGAAGUUCUGGUUCUGGAGAAUUUUCUUCUAUUCCAAUCAGGGCAGUUUGUUAUAGAUGCACAAAUAAGGGAGGCCUUGGAGGAGGGGGUCCAAAAAUAGGUGCCAUGGCUUCAAUUCCAUGUGGAGUUUGUCCCCGGAUAACUCAGUGCACACCGGAUGGCAUUAUCUCGCCAAAGUCCUGUGCCUACUACGCCAAGUGGUUGGAUUUUUAGAUACAUUUUAUUCAAAUUUUUAUAGUAAGUUACAACCAAAUUUAUAGUGUGGGAUUGCAUGGCUUAGAUGCCCCUUAUUUAUUUAAAGAAUUUCAUUCAUUUUGGAGAA